UUUACACGUGAAUGCGGCGCUCCGCCUACUUAUUGGAGCUAGUUUCGUCUGGUGCUGGUCUAGUUUUUAAGCUUUGCUUGGAGGGACGAGGCUCUGAUAUAUAAGAGAUGUGGACGAACACAGAGGUGAGGAAAACCCUGUAUCUUUUGCUGCGCGGUUGAUCGUCUUCCCCUCCCCACGUCCUUGAAAUCCACCCCGAAACGAUCUUCACGAGAUGUCUUCUCCAUUGUCGACUUACUCUACCUUGUCGGAUGGCCAGCAAGUCCUGAUACGCCAUCUUUCAUCGAAAGACAUCCCUCGCAUUCGCGAGAUGCACAGUUCUAUCUUGGGUCUCAACCUUCCCAGCUCAUUCUACCAGCAACUUCUCCUUCAUCCCACCCGUCUCUGCCUCGUUGCCGUUCCCUUCUCCUCCUCCCCAUCCCUCCAUCACACCGUUGAGAACCACGGCGAGCCAGUCGCUUUCAUCACCACUGCCCUCCAUGUCCCUACCAACGAUCUCUCUCUUUCCCUCCGAUCCACGACCACAUCCCUCAAGUCUCGUCGCUCAGCAUCCGAGAACGCGGUAGAGAUGCACGUCCUGACCAUCGGCGUCUCGCCCGCUUUCAGGCGCCAACAUCUCGCCACUCGUCUCCUUAAAGAAGCAGUCCGUGCUAUCCACACACAAGCGCGUGUGGCGGCUCAGAUGCCCGUGAUCGCACAAUGCUCCUUGGACAAUGUCGUAGAGGAUGACGAAUAUGCAGAGAGCGAAGUUUGGGGCAAGGAGAUGAACGUUACUGUUCAUCUUCCCGCUGCGGAUGUGGAGGGGAGGAAGUUCUGGGAAGGAAUCGGGUUGAAAGAGCAGGGUGGAGUGCGACUUCCUGAUGCGAGAGCUGGGCCGUGGAGAGAUUCUGUGAGGGUUACUGGGCGCGUCGCUGCUUGAUGCGAUGACUGACGUUAUCUCCAAUCCGCGACUAAUCAUGCAUUGUCUUGUUGAUGCUUUACUACUGCAGGUUGGUCAGUGAUUACAAUCCUACGACCUUUGGGGAUACUUAUUGUUCGUAAAUGACUGGUGAUGCAGCGCUUGUUUCUUUGCAUGAUUGUCUGUUCCUUUGCACCUCUGAAGAACGAUGUGCUAUUUUAGUACAAUUCUAAAUACGCCUGUUCUCGCACCAUGUAUUCUGGUCGUCUCUUUCCUUUCCUUUCCUGAUCUUGCGGCCCGGAGACUCUAGACUUCGCCUCCUCUUCUUGCUCGUGUUUUUACCGUGCAUCCUUUAGGCCUCUCCUUCAUUGCUCGGUUUUGUUGAUCUGCAUAUGCUUCUCGUGUGAUAAUCGUUAAAAACGUGAAGAAGCUGCUCCAGCAGC